AUGUCGAAAGUCUUCGUCGCCACCGUUUUGCUGUGGGACACCCCGCAAGCUCGUUUUCUUGGUUUCGCGCAACAUCAGCCCCAGAACCAAGCACACACGUUGGAACCCUUGUUCGAAAACACUCUGGUGGUGGCGCGGGAUGGCGAACCAAAGUUUUGGGAUGUAGAGUGUGAUAUCAACAUUUGGGAGACCGACGAAUGCCUUGUGGACCACACAAUGUCAAUGAUGGGACGAGCCUGGAAGACCCGGUGUCAAACACUCAGUCGAAGCGAAAUAGAAGACCAUGCGAAACUGCUAUUACCGACCCAUUCGUUCUCAAAGAUUACGAACGCUAGGUACCUUGUUGCCGUCAUAACUUCGCGUGAGUCGCGUGCAAAACACGUCAAUGAAGCUCUCUUCGACGAUCAGGCAUUGCGAGCCAAGCGCAAGAACGUGUAUGCCGAAUUCAAGAGCUCUCUACUCACCAGCGUAGUCACGCAUAAGAUAGACGGCCGCUCAUACACCAUCUGCAACUAUCGUCCUGAACUCCCGCCCCCCAUAGGCAUCUAUCACCCUGUUUUCGCACGUUUCGUGAACAACAUGCGCACAAACGCCGGGACGGCCCCUACAGCCGCAGAGAUCAAGGAAGCGUACAACUUCUGUAGCGCCGCCGCCACAUGGUACAACGACGAAGAUGAUCGCCUGUGGAGCGGCUGCUUGGAGCGGCUGCGCAAACUAGGACUGCUCGAGGUCAGAUACGUCGACGUGGGUGACAAUCGAAUCAAGACCGACGGAUUUACGUGCUCUGCUCGGACGCCAUCUGGUUUCACUACCAUCACCGCAAUCAUGGAGGUGAACGGGGAGAUUGGCGAAGGCGAAGACGAUCCCGCUGUGCGAGCAGAGCGCGCUUACGUCCGUAUCUAUGAUUCUGAUGCGGCAGCCGACAUCCGCGCAGUGAGCUGCUGUCCGGCGCUUCUCCUUGCCCACGCAGGUCCCAACAUCCAAGUGCUUGGCGCUGUCUCCGUCGACCAGAUCAUCAUCGAGCCCCUUACGGACUACAUUUCCCUUCUCCCCCGUCGGUCGCCCGGCAGCGACGCUGUAACCACUGUCGCCCGCCUCUUCCGUUCCCUGCGUCAGGCGCUCGCUGAACUCCACCACCAUUACGCUGGGGUGGUUGCGGCGUUGCCGUCGAUGGGCAGUGUUAUCUGCGAGUCUCCAUGGUUCUGCGCGCCACACUUCACCACCUUCAACCAUCCUGUCCAUGGCGCCAUUACGCUUUCCUACGAGUACCGCCUAGCUUACAGUGCCCAAUACUUCAAAGCCAUCUUCCGAGCAACAGCGACCGUGGCCCGCGACGCAACCACCCAUGACGUCGUGGUCAAGUUCGCACGCACUUACGGCGCCGAGGGGCACACCGUCCUCGCCCGCAAAAACCUCGCCCCAGCGCUGUGGUACUGCGCGUGGGAGGAGAGUGUGGGCUCGUAUGUGGUCGUCAUGGACUUCGUCCGUGGGGUACCACCCGAAAGGCCCCUAUCGGCAGCGCACAAGACGUGUGUGAGCGAAGCAAUGGGAUCCCUUCAUGAUGAAGACAUCGUGCACGGGGACCUGCGGUGGGUGAACCUGAUCGCGGUUCAGGGCACCGAUCGUGUAGUCGUGGUGGACUUCGACUGGUGCGGGAAGGUUGGGACGGCGCGCUACCCGCGCGAUAUCAACAUGGAUCCGAAGAUGGGGUGGGACAAAGGUGUAGGGAGAGGCGAGCUGAUUCAGAAGGCGCAUGACGAGCACCUUGUGAGGCAGCUUACCCCAUCAGUAGGAUGA